AUGGAUGACGGGGUUCGCAUUGCUUUUGACAAACCUCUUCCUUAUGCUAAAGAACGCCGGCACCUGAUUCGCCUUGGGCGCUCGAUCGGGCUCGCUAAGGACCCCGAGUGGUACGACCUGCGCCGCGGGUCUGGCAAGAAGCUGAACGAAGCCCUCACACCAGAGGAACGCAACAAGAUCAUGGGCCACCGCCAGGGAGAUUCCAAGGUAUACGUACAGUACUAUAUGUCCUCCUUCAACGAUGUUGACUGCCAAUCCAUAUGCUUUGGCAGCGCCCCGCAGCGCGACCUGAUCCACCUCGCCGGCCGGCUCCUGCGACACGCAGAAGCCCCUACAGCCCUCACGAGUCAGCAGAAAUCAGAGGUGAGCCGAGACCCGGAUCUG